AUAUUGAAGCCGGCAUCCACGGGAGCAAACCUUCCGGCAACCCGCGUGAAAAAGCAAAAAAACGUUUCCAAGGAACGAUCCGAACACCUGUUUCGUUUUGAGACGCGUCACUCCUGUCGGCCUGCGAGAAGCGCCAGCGGUUUCUUAACGCAACCUGCGCACUUGUCGAGGUGUUAUUCAACGAGACCUUAUCGCCAAGCUACUUUCAUGGAUACCUGCUGGAGCAGCUAGCCCCACCGGAACUCUAUUUGGCUGUGGCAAUUUCAUUUGGACCAUUCUCCCGCCGCAUCAUCCUCACCGUGAACACCGUUUCUAAGGUCAUCACAAAAACUACCAGCUAGUGCAAGUCAUUUCUGCAGGCUAAAACAAGCUUCCACCAAAUACCGGGGACUCCAGCUCAAGGCAAAUUAAAGAUCAAGCCAAGCCAGCACCAUGCCUAGCUUGAACAGAAUUCGCCUUCCAACGGGCCCACCGCCAAACUCUGAAAAACAAACAAAAGCCGUGCGGAUUGCCGUCAUGGGCGCUUCCCGCGUUGGCAAGUCGACGCUCAUCCACCAGUUCCUGUACGACCGCGUUCCAGGACAGUACAACGCGACUGUAGAAGAACUGCAUCGACGGGACUAUGGCGCCGCAACCGGUGGCCGCCAGAACCUUACUCUCGAGCUCCUAGACACCAGCGGUACCUUCCAGUUCCCGGCCAUGCGGAGUCUGGCCAUGACCACAGCGCAGGCGUUCCUUCUGGUAUUUGCCAUCGACGAUUCGGAAUCCUUCGAGGAAGUCCGACGCCUCCGCAACGACAUCCUCGACGUCAGGGCUGCGCGCAAGAAAGCGGCACCACCGGUCGUCGUGGUGGGUAACAAGGCUGACCUCGCGCAUCGACGAGCUAUCGGCUACGAAGUCGCCGAAACCGUAGCGACGAUCGACUGGGAACAUGGCUACGUGGAGUGUUCCGCCCUCGAAGGCCUCAACGUACUUCAGGUGUUCCAGGAGGUCCUCGCUCAGAGUAAGAUGCCGCAGGCCUUAUGUACAUCCUCCCGAAGACGUCAGUCGUGUCCAGCCCAGGUCAACACGGGAAAGAGAUUUUUGUAUUCUGGAUCCGCCAAGAGACACAGUUGCAUCAUCUCAUGAAGUUCUGCGCAUCCUCAUCAAACAACCACCGCCGCGGUCAUCAAAUGUGGCUCCACCCGAUCAAAGGAAUCUUCGCACCCUUCCUGUUAUGCACUGUGGUCCCGACGAAUAUGGGUGUGACAUCAAAGACAAUAUGCCACCAAGGUGUUCAGAUCACGCACAUUCCAUGUAAUACACUGCAAUAUUCUUAUGUCUAUCUAACAGCACCCACAUCGAUUUCAAUGCUGUGAACUGCACGGCUCACAAUGCCUCCUUUCUCGUAUAUAUCUAUUUUGCUUUCACUUGGACCUAUGGCGAGAAAGCGUGAGCAGUGUAUUGUUCUGAUUUGCCUGCGCCACAGUACAACAGUAGCCGUAGUCUUCUAAUGACCGGCCAAUAAAUAUGAAGAAUAUA